GCUCACUCUACACAUACACGCAUCAAAAUAAUAGUGAAUCUUCAUGCUCCCUGCAAAACCCCUGACACUCACUCUACACUCUUCCAAGUAACAAACCUUACUCUACCUCCCUUUCUCCGGCGAAAUGUUCACCGGCAUCGACAUGUCACUCGACGACAUUAUCAACAACUCCGCCAUUCGCCACGGAAAUCACAGCGGUCACGAUCCGAACCGCCACUUCGGUUUCCGUUUUCCGGUCAGGAAAACACCGUACUCCAUUUCUCAGUCUCAGGUUGCGAGAGAAGCGUUGCGAAGAAGUAGCUUCGAUGUUCCAGAACUGGUUUUCGAUCAUUGCGAUGUUCAGCCUCAGCUUCAGCCUCUCACCAAACUCUAUAUUUCUAACUUGGAUCGUAGGGUUUCCAACGAUGACAUUCUGCUGUUGUUUUCAGAAGAGGGUGAGUUGGAAAGACAUUCCAUUCAUUAUGAUCAGUUUGGGAGAUCAAAAGGAACAGCAGAGGUUGUUUUUACAAAACAGUCUGAUGCUUUAGCAGCUAUCAAAAAAUACAACAAUAUGAACCUUGAUGGAAAGCCAUUGCAAAUUGAGCUUGUUGGAACAAGUUUGGUUACUCCUGCUGCUGCUAUGCCUCUUGCUCAAAGUAGCUUACUGGGAAGCCCAAAUGAUUUAUUUCUAAGGGAAGAAAAGCGGUUCGGAGGUAGCACGUACCAUAAUUACUUUACUCAUCUCCAUUUUCCAAGGAACGGUCGAGAACAGAAGAAUCAUAUACGAAAGGUAUCUUCUAGAGAUAUUGGCCAUGGCUUUGAGAGUUAUCACCAAUGCCGCCGGGUAGAAGCAAAGUGCCAUUUUAAGAAAUUGUCUGUGAAAGAUCUUGAUGAAGACUUGGAGAAGUAUCGAUCAGAGGCUAUGCAGAUAAAGAGAAAAUGGAAAGAGAAAUCAUGAAUGAUAGCUAGAAUGAUUCCUAUUAUGAGGUAAAUAGGUCAGAAAAACAUUGGGUACAGGAUAAUGGUCAUACGUUUGGGAUAUUUUGAUUUUCAUGACUCUAAUUAGUUUGUCCUUUGUACAUGUCAGUUUGAAAAUUCAACAGAUUUAUUUUCCAAA